AUCUUUUUUUAAUUUCUGAUUUCCCCCAAUUUAAUUACACAGUAAAAUUUUGACAUUUCCUUUCCUUUUAAUUUUUUGGGUAGAAUUCCAAACUCCAGUUGAAUUUCAACUUUUAACAGCUUGUCGCUAAAGUGGAGAAAGCUUUGGACUUUGUGUGGAAAUUGACUUUGGAGAGAGAGAGAGUACUAUCUCAUUCUCAUAUAGCAUAGCAUAGCAUAGCAUAGCAUAUUGGCAGAGGAAACAAUACAUAUAUAUAGCAGUGUAUAGGCGGCAGUGUUUCUUCUGCGCUCCGCCGCUCGUGCGCUGCCACAAAAUUCCCCAAAAACCCAUCUUCAUAAUUCACAGAUCUCAAGGCCCCUUUAUUAAAUCCCUAGCAGUCUGCACUUUUUUUAUUGUAAAGAUUGGUUUUUUUGUUUAUUGGGCUGUUUUUCACCUUUGCUUCAGCUUCAAACCAUUUAUACCAAGUCAAAAUACAGAGCACUUGGGUUAAAUGUAUAUUGUAUGUAUAGGUUGGUGGUGAGGUGGGCGUUUCUGAUUGCCAUUUGAGGCCACAAUCAAAGGGAGGGCGGUGAUGCUGUUUGGAUUAUUUGUGUGCUUUGCAAGGAAUUCACGGCUUUGGCAUACUGUGGAUUAAUUGUCUUGUUUUAGCUUAGUUUUGGGAGUGAAACUCGGUCCGUGAAUGUUGGAGUUUUGCUUUUGUUUAUAAAUGGGAAUGGCAUUGUUGUGUGAGAGAAGAAUCACAUUGGCUUAAUGUGUGGUUUUGACUGUGUUGUGAGAAAUGUUGAGCUUUGGUGAGGAAGAAGAGGCUUUCUUUGAUACAACUGAUGAAUUGGUGUUUGAUGAGUCUGUUGUUGUGAGAGAGGAUUCAGAUUAUGAUAUUUGGUUGAGGGAGCCCUCUAGUGUUGGGGAAAGAAGGAAGGAUUUCUUGUGCAGAACGGGGUUUUUGGAGUGCUCGAUUCGUGGUGAAACGGUUGAGAUUGAGAGAGCUGAUGAGGUGAGUACCGGCAUGGAUGAUGAUAGUUUGCUGUCUGAGAGAAGGAAAUCGAACAGUGAAGCAAACUGUUCGGUUGAUUAUUCUGCGGAGGGUUGGUUGGAUUUGGAUGCUAUGAGGCUUCUUGAUGUGGAGGAGGUGAUGAAUGUGAAUGAAAAGCUAGCUUCUAUUGAGCAAUGUGAAAUGGAUAGAGAGGGCCUAACCAUUAGUAAGAAGAAGAAGAAAGUGAUGAGCUGGUGGAGAAGCUUCUCGCGGAGAAUGAAGAGAGACGAUGCUAAUGUUGGAUCCAAGAAAUCAGAAUUAGUUGCGGAGGCAGGGAAGAUGGCUCGCAUGAGGGUAGAGCAGAGCCGGAAGAGGUGCGUGGAGUGCAGUGCUGUCUAUGCCGGGCAAGUGGUUCAAGCUCACGAUGGGCUAAUCUGGACAAUGAGGUUUAGCCCCGAUGGCCAGUAUCUGGCUAGUGGCGGUGCGGAUGGAGUGGUUUGCAUAUGGCGUUUAACCAUGGUGGACGCCUCGUCCGAGGCUGAAGAGUGCUGCUAUGGUGGUGGUCACGAUAUGGAAGGGAAGCCGGUUCCUCGGAAUGACAAAUCAGUGCAGGCAGCCAUCAUCAUCCCGGAAAAGAUGUUCCAUGUUGAGGAAGUACCCUUGCAACGACUCAAGGGCCACAGGGCCGAUGUGCUAGACCUGGCUUGGUCCACGUCUAAUCAUCUUCUGUCAUCAUCCAUGGAUAAAACCAUUCGGUUAUGGCGAGCCGACUCAGAUGAAUGUCUUGGAGUUUUCCAUCACAGCAACUAUGUAACAUGCGUUCAGUUUAAUCCCGCGGAUGAGAGCCACUUUAUCAGCGGCUGCAUUGAUGGAAAAGUUCGAAUUUGGGGCAUUCCUAGUAAAAGAGUUGAGGAAUGGGCUAAUGUGCAAGACUUGGUAACAGCAGUAUGCUACCAACCAAACGGAAGGGGUUUUGUCGUUGGUUCUCUUUCUGGUAACUGCCGCUUCUAUGAAUCAUCAGGUGACGAGCUCAUCCUAAAUGCGGAGAUAAGCAUCCAUGGGAGAAAGAAAUCAUCUGGUAACAAAAUUACUGGGAUUCAGUUCCUCAAUAACGACUCUCAACGAGUGAUGAUAACGUCGGAGGACUCCAAGAUUCGGAUUCUUGAUGGGCUCGAGGUUGUUCACAAGUACAAAGGUAUGGCGAAGUCGGGGAGUCAGAUGGCUGCCUCGUUUACCUCAAGCGGAAGGUACAUAGUGUCGAUUGGGGAGGACUCUCGUGUCUACAUUUGGAACUAUGAUGAUCUGUCGUGCAUCCAAGCAUAUAAACAAGCAAAAUCAACGCGUUCUUGUGAGAGUUUCGUCUGUGAAGGCGCAUCUGUCGUGCUGAACUGGUCAGAUCCGGUCGUGGAAGAGAAUAGUUUCGCUUGCGCGUCUCCAACUAGUGUGCUAGCACACGACCACCUCGAGCCCUCACCUAGGGUAUGGGAGCCGGAGCGUUUCUCCCUUGCAAACUGGUUCUCCAUGGAUAGGCGCUCUGCGACGUGGCCCGAGGAGAAGCUUCCAUCGACAGGAGGCGACUGGCAGCCAUGCGGCGAUCAUUUCCAUUAUCAGCAGCAACGUCAACAAAAGGGCAACGGCCAGAUCUUGUCUGCGCCUUGGGGUCUCACGUUUGUGACUGCCAACUGGGACGGCACGAUCAGGACGUUCCAUAACUACGGAUUGCCGGUUAGAAUCUAGAGUUGUCAACUGGCUAGUUGAGUGAGCUGGCAACGAGACGCAGAUGAUCAGUUGGUAAGAUGCUUCAUCUCCAACCACUAAGUCGAGGGUUCGAAUCACCAUAAAAGGAAAGUAACCAUUGUUGGUUCUCUAUUUUUUUCUUUAAUUCGAAACUUGAACAACUGCCGGAGGCUAUACAGCCAAGCUGCGGAAACACAAAUAAAGGUGUGGAUGCAAUGAAUUCUUUUAGGGUGAGGUUACUUAGGGAGCUAGAAGAUGUGCAGUUUUUGUUGCUAUUCAUUCUUUUCACCUAUCAUCACAAGUUUUAAAUGUAGAUAAACAUCAUUUGCUAAAAAUGAUUGGAGUUUAUUUCUUUGAUUAUUUACAUACUAUUAUGUGAUC